AUGCAAAAGGCGUUGAACUGGGGUAUCAUUCGUAUGACAAGCGAAACUACCCACGCUGCCUCUCGAUCUUUCGUAUGCGGCGAAGAUUAUGGGAUAUCUGUUCUUGGAGUAAUCUCCAAGGAAUUUCAUCUUCCGUAUUUUAAAUUAGAAGAUAUCUCUGCUCGUCGGAUAAUGGUAGAAAAAGCAGCUGAAGGCCUAAUCAUCGAAGGAAAGCUGAUAGGAAAAGAACGAGAUGCUGAAUGGAUGGCGUUACAACUGCUUCGUGUCAAAAAUGGAUGCGAAGAAGAAGUUUGGAAGCUGAAUGAAAUACGGCGUUUACUGGGCGAUGAAAUACAUAAUCCCUAUUCGAAAACCAAGGUGCCUACUUUUGGCCCAUUUGCACUCCUGUUUUACGAACUCAGGCCACUUCACCAUGAAAAUACUACGCUUUAUCGAGGUUGUCAAUUAUCAGACGAUUUGAUUGAACGAUAUCGACAAGUAAGCACAAGUGGACUUAAUAUAUUUCAAGCGUUCACAUCAACAAGUCGAAAUAAGGAAGCGGCAGAAUGCUUUGGUAAUGUACUCAUGGAAAUUGACAUUGAUUCCUAUGUCGGUAUCGAUCUAUCCUUGGUUUCAGUUUUUCCGGAUGAAGAAGAAGUAUUAUUAUUUGCUGAUUUUUACUUCUAUGUUCAGUCGUGUGUGUUCGACAAUGUUAAAAAGAAAUGGAUAAUUCGAAUUAAGUCUGCCUAA